UCAUGGGGCCCCCGGGCAAUAGGGGAUCAUGGGGCCCCUGUGUCCUUGCCCAAACUCAAAAAAGCCUAUGAAAAAGCAACUCAUGGGGCCCCUACUAACCCCGGGCCCUCGGGCAGUGCCCGAGUUUCCAAAUGGUCAGUCCGCCCCUGUUCUGCCCCUGCUUGUGGCACAGAGUGGGACCACCGAGAUGGUCGAGACCAUCAAGAACAAAUGUAGUCACCAGAGCUAGUGUCCCCAUUGGAAGAUUUCCCCUCUAUUAC